AUGCAUUGCCAAGUGGACGAGAGCCCCCUCCUCGAUGAGAAGGGCUGGCAGUAUACUCCAUACAAACAAAUCACAGUUGGAGACACCGGAACACUUUUUAAGAUUCGUAUUGGUCAUACCAACUCUGGAUGCUCUCCUUCCUGGCACUGCAAAGAGAUACAAUUGCAGAACUUGAAUUCUGGAAUUCAGUUUUAUAUACCUGUUCAACGAUGGUUGGCACGGGAUCAAGAGGAUGGGGAAAUCUGUCGAGAAUUUCCUCUUUUAAAUAAAGGACACCCUAUCCUUCCAGUGACAAUAUAUGAAGUGUACGUGGCAACGGGAGAACUCUGGAAUGCUGGAACCACGGCCAAUGUCUACAUUUCUGUCCAUGGGGAAAAGGGGGAUACAGGAUCUAGACUACUAUUCAGAUCGGAGAGCGCCUUCAAGUUUUUAAAAGGACAAACUGACACUUUUUUCCUUGAAGCUGUGCACCUUGGAGAUUUGUACAAGAUUGUGAUAGGCCAUGAUGGACUUGGUCCAGGAAAUGGCUGGUUUCUUGAUGAUGUUAUGGUCAAGGAUCCAAGUACAAACCGCAAAUAUGCCUUCUUUUGUCACAGAUGGCUGGAUCAAGGGAAAGAUGAUAGUAAAAUUGUCAGAGAGUUGUAUGCCACGGAUGACAGUGUCUUCUCUGCGAGUAAGUGUGUGCACACAUUCACUGGAAAAGUGUUUUAUGAUGACUGAAGAAAGUAUAUCACUGCUGAAAUUAAUCAUCCUCUUUUUAUCUUCUCAGGGGAGAAACUAGAACUUAAGAGAAAAGAAACAUGGACUGCAGAACGCUGGAAGUUCACAGAAGGAAAUACCAUUCAGUUCUACAACAGCCUGACAGGAGGGUUUGUCCGUCUGCAUCCAGAUGGCACCGUUGAUGCUGUUGGAAAGAAGAAAGACAAAUAUGGUCUCUUUGAUGUUAUUUUCAACAAAAGAAAUAUAUGCAUUUUCCAAAGUCAUGAGAUGAGGCAUCUUUCUCUUGCUCUGGACAAUGGCUCAGUCACUGGAAUGGCCACUGGUGAAGCAGCCACUGAGCUGCGGGUGCUUUAUCAGCCCAACCGCUGUGCCCUUCUUGAGUCAGCACUGGUUCCUGGUCAUACAGUAAUUUUCAAUCAUCAUGGUGGAAUAGCUGAUGAAUUGUCAGCAGGCUAUCCAGAUAUUCCAAAGGAAUUUGUGAUCUUUGUCAAGGGGGUGUUCCUCAACAGUGCUGUCGUUCUGCUUGCUACGAGCCUGUGUCAGGCCCUGUGUCUCCAGCCUGAUGGGAGCUGCACUGGAGCAGGAACUCAAUCUGAAUCAUCCUACUGGAAAGUGCAUAAAAUCAGCUCUGGGAUUUGCAUGUUUGAAAGUGUGAAAAAUGCACAGAAGUAUCUAAGGAUCAAGGAUGGCCGGUGUGAUGGAACAGGUACAGGAGAUACUGCCUGUCAUUUUAAAAUUAAGAAGAACUUGGAAAACGCAUCAGUAAGCCUGGAAUCUGUGGAGAGCCCAGGGUUGUUUGUUGGACUUCAGUCAGACGGACUAGCAAAACCGAUGAUUUACACCAAGGAUGAGAAUGUUUGCUUCUAUCCACAAGUCAUCCAAUACAAAGUUGCUCCAAUUCAGAGUAUUACUGAAGGGCCAUGUUGGUACUUAGAUUUUGGACCCACAUGGCUUAAUGGCAAAGCUGACAAGAUGGUGGCUUGGGGUGCUGUCACUGUGGUGCCCAAGUACCAGCUUCUGCCCUAUGCACUGCACAAAUGGAGCUCCUUCUCCUCCACCUACCUUCCCGAAUAA